AUGGACGCACCUGCAACUGUUGUGACUCAAAUUCGCGAGUCCUAUCAACUACAUACGUCUCCCUGUGACGGCGAAAAGUUUCUCCAUAUUCGCUUUUACGAACGCGAGCGAAACUACGAAGUCGCAAAAAGAUGGAAAAGGCUACUGGGAGCUAAGCUGAAGAGCCUGAAUCAGAUUCUACGUAAUGAAUGGCUUCGCAUCUGUCUUGAGAGACUAGAGCCGUUUCGCUCCUUAUGGAUGAGUCUCCAACUCGGCUCAUUUCCACUCAUACUGAGCUGGCGAUGCAGACAGGUACAACUCCCUCAAGCCAAAAUGUAUGAGAUCUGGCACAAAAUCACAGGUGGUGAUGCGCACCUCUGUGACGAGUACACCAUCGAGAAGCUUGGGGGCUUUGCACCUCUAUGGAGCUCCCGCGACCGCUCCAUGAUUGAAGGCUUGUUUGCCAGACGCCAGGUCUUUCCUCGCGUACAUGACCCCGACGCACGCGCUCAAAUCUGUCAAAGGGUACUUGCUGUUGAAGGACUUAUCUUGAAUUUUCAGACCUUUUUCAAUCAUGUCAAAAUACUAGGACCCGUUAUGCUUCCUUUGAGAGAGUUGCUCCCUCCUGGCGAGUUGUAUCCCUCAAAGGAUGAAUUCAACCUAGUGUCCAGACACCUUCCUUCGAUAAGAGACAUCCUACUUCAGAAUUACUGCGAGCGGCCUGGACAAAGUAAGCAACAAUACCUUCUACAAUACAGCGAGCAUGAUGAGCGCUUUGUAGAAGGCAGCGACCCUGGACUGCAUUCCUAUUGGCAACUCUGUCUCUAUUUAUUGCGCCACGUGCAAGGCCAUGGGAACUACCGUAAGAAACCACAAGACCAAGUGCAGUCGUCGGAGCGUCCUGGAGGGGUGAUCCGGCUUGGCCAAUUUGCACGCAGGCUUGGGUUUGAGUCUGACUUGAUCUCGUCUCUAUGCAACCAAGAUCCCGACCUUUCGCAAAUUCGCAUGCACAUGCUUCAAGAACGAUCAACUGUCUUCUUCUCUGCGGCAGCCGACAAGUUCAAUGCAGAAGCCUAUUCACGUCAAAGAGCUCAAGUGAUCUUCGAGCCUCGCCUGCCUGCUCCUACUCCUUUGAUGACGACUGACAGCGCGACUACAACCCGGGUGCCCAGGAAUCACCCAGAGCUUUUUCUUCCCACAAUAUGGAGCGCACUUGCACAAGAGCCAAGAUACGCGUUGACGGAGUACGGGGAGCUUGUGUUAAUCUUGAUGACCUUCUUCGAGAAAUUCGGAUCAAGUGCCGUUAGCGGUACCCGGGGGAAUUCUCAACAGGGCCGACUAUUAUUACGCUCUUCUUCCGUCUACUCGGUACCGGCAUAUCCCGACCAUGUAGCUACGCCCCACGGCGUCGACAUCACAUUCUGGCAUCUGCCCCAGAGUCGAGACAUAGGUCCACUCGCGGAGUACACAUGCAUGCAACGAUAG